GAACAACUUUCCCUUUGAUGGACUAUAAUAUACCCUCAAAAUGUCUCUUUCUGCUUUUUCUUGUGGUGAUACAAACUCUUUAUCCAUGAUGUAUUCUUUAAAAAUCUGUAUUACAUGCCCUCCUUUAUAAAAAGAACACAUGAUCUACUGAUAGAUGUGAUAAAAGAGGCAAUUUAAGUGAAAUAUAUACUAAAGUAAUGGGGAGAGUUGUUCACAAGUGACAUCACACAUCUUUGUCGCAUUACCAAUUUGAGGAUCUCCAUAGCAUUAGUGAUCGCAGUAUUCCAAUGCUCAUAACUUUCACAUUAUUUGUCCGAUUUUUCUCAAACUUUCGUUGAUCUGUUUCUUUGAUUUUUCUGUUUUCACACAAGCUAUCGUGUUCCAAAGGUUUCAUUCUCCUUUAAUGAAUAAUAUAUCUAGUUUAAACCUACCUUCUAGUCCGUUUCUUUCUUUCUUUCUCUCUCUCUCUCUUUAUUUAUUUCUUUUGUUCUUUCUUUCCUUCCUUCUCCUCCUCCCUCUUCUUCUUCUUUUUCUUCUCCUCCUCCUUCUCCUUCUGUAUUCCAUUUCCUUACUCCCCCUUUAAUUUCUUUAUUUCUUUCCCUACCUGAAAAUCAUAAAUAUUGAAAAAUUACAAGAAUAAAAUUAUAUGCAGUUAAAUGAUAAACCUCUUAGACUAACAGAGAGGAGGAGACUUGCAAAACAUGUCUCAAGAAGUAUAUGUUCUUAAAAAUGCAAUAUCCUGGUAACCUAAUGGAAGAAGGAAAAGCUCGAGGCUGUCCCAAGCAUCCCUGGCAACGGACUUUCUUCAAAGACUUAGAGUUGACCCAUAUCUUUAUACCAAUCUGUUGGAGGUUAAAGCAGUCACAGAUAAUGAUAGCUUGUUGCCUAUAAAUGCACUACACUGGAGGGACUAAGUGAAUUUAACGAUCUUCAGACAUUACAUUAUGGCGUCAAGAUUUCCAGAAGGAAACCAAGUUCAACUCCGACCAAGAAAAGGUCAUGACAUGAAAUGGUCAUGUGACAAGCAUGGUGAGCCAAUCAAAUUUUACUGUAAGAAACACAAAAUUCCUAUAUGUCAUCCAUGCGCUACCAAAGAUCACAAUCAGAAACCAUGUGAGCUAGACGACAUCGAGGAUGUCAUCUUCGAAAGGAGGAGACAGCUGGAUGAAAAACGGCCAAAGAUACAGGAACUUCAGAAACAAAUGGAAGCCCUCAACACGAAAAUAAAGAGUACAUCAACGUCUGGAAGUACUCAUCUUCGGACAAUUAACAACAACAUUCAAGCAUCAUAUCACGACAAGAUCAAAUCUGUUGGAGAAAAGGAGAACAGGAUGAUUAGGGUUAUUAACGAGGAGGCAGAUGAGGAAAUAAGACUAGUAAAUGAGAAGAGAGAAAAACGGAUCAAAGAUUGCAACACCGAGAGAGAAAAUGAGCGACAAAUCAUCAAAGACAAAGAAGCAAAACUUCUAUCAGAUGCAAAGAAAAUCAGCGAAGUCGUUUCUAAGAAGAUCAAAGAUCUUAAUAAUAAGAAUCAGCUUGUAAUAAACACUAUGAAGAACAUUGAAUCAACCAUCACACGUAUAAACCAACAUGAUGAAACAUUGGUGAAUGAAGCUCCUCAAGUACUUGCAUCUAUUGAUGAAAAUUUAAGUUUGAAUGUUCAUCAAGAUGAUAGCGACUGUCUUGACCGAAUACAGAAUGAAGUUGAGAGAGUGAAAUUUGUAGAGGGGGAAGUAGGUGGAGAAUACUAUGGUAGAAUUGAUGGGUAUAUUGGUAAAUGGGAACUUGUCAAGACAAUCCACAUUCCAUCGGUUGUUAAUAACCCGUGGGUGCUUGGUUUAGUCAGUGAUGAUGAGAUAUGUGUGCAAUACGUAGAUAACAAUGGCAUGUAUAUUACAAACAUCAACACUCAACACACAGAGAAAGUCAUUGAUGGAGGUGUGUUGAUUACAUCAUGUGCGCCCAUAGACAGUAACGUAAUAGUAUGUGGUAAGGAGAGAAGGGGUGUUACGUCGGGUGACAGGUUGGAUGGAUGCAUCACUCUCUAUGACAGACAAUGGAAGGUGAUUAGAGACAUCAGCAUACCAAGGAAUGGAUACGGUAGUAGUGUGGAUGUUGAUGUUGACAGGGAUGGGAUGAUCAUCGCUGCUCAGAGGAAUCAGUCUAAUAUCUACGUCAUCAAUCCUGCUAAUGAUAAGAUAGUAAAGACUAUUACGAUGCAGGGUAAGAGGGUGGUGGGUGGGAUACAAGACUUGUCAUCAGGUGAUAUCGUUGUGAAGACAGGUGAUAAUGAAUACACUGUCAUCUCACGAUCAGGAGAAGAGAAGGCUGUCAUACACUGUGAUGAGUGGAACUGGUGGUCAGAGUGUCUCGUUGACAAACUGACAGACACACUCUACAUCGUGUACUGGGUUACAGCGCGUAAUACCAUCGCAGUUGAUCAGGUGUCACGUGAUGGUAUCAUCCAGGCAAGGAGGAUCGUGGAAUACGUGAAAUCAGAUCGCUCUGACUGGGUCAGCCCUUGUCUUGUUACUCCUUCUGGUAACCUUGUAGGAUGUGAUGGGGACAAACUUCAUCUUUACAAGAAGACAUUCAUUUUGUAAAUCAUCAAGUAUUUCAAUGAAUGAUUAAAAAUUAAUAUAAACGAUAUACUUAUUUCAAAUUUUACUUUCAUUUUAAUUCACGUCCCCCAACAUGAAUACAUUCAUAAUGCGCGUGUUGACGGUGUGAAUGUUGUAUCAAUAUACAGGUGCAACGUAUUGGAGUGUUGUAAUAAACUUGCCAUCGAUUGCAGGUCAAUUUUUGUUUUCAAAAUUAAUUGAAAGUCGUGCAUUUCAUUGAAAAUUUGCAAUUGAUUGUUGGUCAGCUUAUGUUAUAAACAAAUAUGAAAUGAUUUGCUUUGGUUAAAAUUGAUCUAUCAAUUGCUAAAUUUGCAUAUGAAAUUUGCAAUUGAUCGCAAAUAUUUUCUUGUGUCUUACAAAACGCAGUGAUUAAUAUUUAGCCGUCUAGAUUUAUAUUUUUAUUGAAAUGUAUAAUUGUACUCGUAAUUAAAUU